GAGAUGGUGUUUCCAUGGAAAUAUUUUAUACUUUCUGCAGCGUGUAUCUUCUUGUCGCAAAUCUGUAUUUUUUUUUUAGAACUACGCAGUUGGUUCCAGCAUUCGGUUGUUUUAUGAGCUACAGGCAGUGUGAGAGGCGAGGAUGGCCGAUGUGGUGUUAGGGGUUGGGACAGGUGUGUUUAUCAUCGCUUUAAUCUGGAUAGUGACUCUCGCGCUCACUAUCGUUCUGUCGCGCGCAACUGGCCCAGCAAAGUUAGGAAUCAUUCCUUUAUUUCUUCUGGCGCUCACCGUCACACUGGUUUUAGUGUUCUUCCCGCGCGCCCCUGAAGUUCCUUCCCCUGAGAAAGCAGUUCAGAUAGUGGAUAUGUUCUUCAUCGGCCGCUACGUGCUUCUGUCCUUGGUGAUCGUGGUGUUCUUGGCAGCCUUGUUCAUGUUGCUGCCCUUACAUUUCCUGGAGCCCGUUUAUGCCAAGCCCCUGAGAACACACUAGACCACGAGGCUUCAUGUGCCAAACUCCUACAGAUAUC